CGGUGUCCGGUCUUCCGCGUAAGGUCACGGUUGCCAGCGACCCUCCGUCUUCUGGUAGAAGGAGCUCUGACCUUGCCGCUGCCGUCGGACAGCUGGUCGCCGUGGAGCCGCGAUAGCGAGGCGGGAACUUUACUCUUGUUGGCCACCAUGUUUGUGUUAGUGGAGAUGACAGAUACUGUGCGGAUUCCUCCAUGGCAAUUUGAAAGGAAGCUUAAUGAUGCUAUCACUGAAGAGUUGAAUAAGAAGUUAGCCAAUAAGGUUGUGUAUAAUGUUGGCCUCUGCAUCUGCCUUUAUGACAUCACAAAACUGGAAGAUUCCUACAUAUUCCCAGGAGAUGGUGCAUCACAUACAAAAGUGCAUUUUCGGUAUGUUGUGUUUCACCCCUUUCUGGAUGAAAUUCUGGUUGGAGUAAUAAAAGGCUGCAGUCUGGAAGGAGUUCGGGUUUCACUUGGGUUCUUUGAUGACAUCAUCAUUCCUCCAGAAUCCCUACAGCAACCUGCCAAGUUUGAUGAAGCAGAACAAGUAUGGGUUUGGGAAUAUGAGACUGAAGAAGGAGCCCAUGACCUGUAUAUGGAUACAGGAGAGGAAAUCCGUUUCCGUGUGGUUGAUGAAACUUUCAUUGACACAUCCCCAACAGGCCCAAGCUCUGCAGAGCCCUCCACCUCUAGUGCCACAGAGGAGGUGCAGAAGAAGGAAGCGCCCUACACACUAGUGGGAUCUAUCAGUGAACCUGGUCUGGGUCUCCUAUCCUGGUGGACAAACAGUUAGCCAAAGGGAGAGACUUUCCCAAGAUGGGCAUUUACCAGAUUGGAAAAACCACUGUGUGCAUUUUUCUCUCUUUAGAAAGCAACUGCAGAAUAGAAACUUUGUGUUUCUAUUUCUACUUUACCCUAGUUCUGAAGUAGAAGAUGAGUGGGAACAUCAGUGUGAUGUCAUCAACACAGAAUAUUUGCAUACCAUGGCCCUGUCAACAAACUCUGGUGGUUCUGAUCUUUUUACCUAGCAGAACUAGGCACAAGAAUCUACGAAGAAUUGCUACCCUAGAAGAAAUUUGAGACAGGCCUUGUGUUUAAAGCAGAUGCAAAAAGAAACUUUGAAGAACUUCAGUCUAGAAGAAACCAGUAGCGAUUUGAAAGGUGGAGAGGAUGUUAUGAAAGCUUGCAGUCAUUUUACUGCAUCCCUCUUAUUCCUUUUCCCCAUUUGGAUGGAGGUGUUUCUGACAGUGGAGGAAAAUCAUGCCCUGGCUUUUAAAGGUCACAUACUGAUGAGGAAGACUAAUAAAGCUAGGGCAAGGGUAAGAAUCGAAUCUAUAGCCAUCAGGCUGCCUCCAAUGGGUCCUCCUGUAUAUCUUGAAACUAUUUGCCCUGGCAAAUUCAGUGAGCCACUGUACUUGCAGAACACACUAUAACUGGGGUUAGUAAGUCUGCAGUGUUUAGAGAGCAAACAAACCUUGUUAUCUGCCAUUCUUAAUCUUGCUGUCUUCCAUGAAAACAUGUGACUUCAGUUUGUUUUUAGCUUAGAAAGGUAGACUAUAGCCUUUUCCCCCCUCUACAGAACAAAAUUCUAAUGAAAGCUGCUGUAGAUGUGAAUGACAUCUCAAAACUCAACAACUUUUGUUGGCUUUCUGUAUAAGGAGGCAGAUAGUCACAUCGUGAAGUAGAUAAUUCUUCCUUGGGCAUUGAAUAGUAGUGCAAACAGACAAUGGCCAUUCAGUUUUUGGUCUUUGACUGCAUGUAGUGGGAAAUAUAGAACAUUGGGCAGCAGUCCAAAAGGCACACAAAGACACAAUCACAAUACACAAUAAAAACAUUCCUAUGGUAUCCAUGUGGACUAUUAAUGAGAAAAGCAAAGCUAGGACUACCAGAGCAUCAGGUGAUAAAUAUAGCUCUUCAUUUUAAGAAGGGCUUUGACGUACAUGUCUUAUAUGGUAACAUACUUGAAUACAGCCUGCUUCUUGAUGGCAAUAUAUUUGGCUUACAAGUGCACCGGUGAAGCCGCGCUCUGACUUUGCUGUUCCUGCUUCAAAGCCUUGAUUGGAGGUUUUAAUGCUGUUGUAACCCACUGAGGGUUGUGCAGGACAUCUGCUUCUGAUGUUCCUAUGCGAGAUUAUUACUGCAGAGCCAGUGUUUUUCUAAUAAAUAUUGCUAGUGUAUAAUGACU